UGUCAAACAAAAAUGGCGGAAGACGUAAACAACGAAUCUCCUCCAUCGAAAGUGGAUGAACGAAAAAUCGUGGUGGAAUUUUGCCAGCUGCAGGAAAAAUCCCGACAGCUUUUUAACGCGCUAAGAGACUUGCCCCAGUUUGGACACAAGCACUGGCAAACACAUUUUGGCAGAACAUUUGAUGUCUACACAAGGCUGUGGAAAUUUCAGCAAAACCACAGAUCUAUUCUGGAUAUUCGGUAUAACCUUAAAAGAUGGCAGAUAGGAGAAAUUGCAUCAAAAAUUGGACAACUCUAUUAUCACUAUUAUCUUAGGACAAGUGAAGCAAACUACCUUCAUGAGUCAUUUGGGUUUUAUUCUGCCAUUCGAUCCAGGGCAUACUACAGUCAGGCAAGCAAGGAAGACAAGCCUGAUUUGAUGGUGAAAAAACUCCGUUAUUAUGCACGCUUUAUAGUCGUCAGUCUUCUCCUCAACAAGGUGGAUCUUGUGAAAGAAUUGAUACAGGAACUUUAUCAUUACGUCGAGGAAUAUGUUAAUGUGUAUGAAGCGGACGACGAUGAAGAAUGGAGGUUGGUGAUCAGUGAAGUGACAGCCUUUAUGGAGGCAGACUCGUUGGUAACAGUCAUGACUCCGGAUGUUGUGCCGGUCACUUUAUCACAUAGAAUGGGAGAAAACGAGAUUCCUCCUCAGAGACCGGUCAGUGGCACAUCGUUAUCUUUACAAGAAAUUAUUAUUGUGGGAAACUGUGAAAAGCAGGUAAAAUUCAGCGAGUUAACUUUGGACAUGUUUCGUAUGCUGCAAGUUCUGGAGCGAGAGCCUGAGGAUGCACCUUCGCGUACUUUGGUGACUUCUACCGAGGUGUCUGAGGGUCAAGAUAAUCAAGAAGUCAAUGGUGUGGAUCGAUCGUCUUCCAAGCGACCAAAUCCUCAUAAAUAUCUCCUGUAUAAACCGACACUGACUCAGUUGUAUGUGUUUCUGGCCUGUGGUAUUAAGGAACUUCCAAACAAUGGCGUCAUGUUGGUUUAUGUGUCCGGUGAUGGUUACUUUGGAAAUGCGAAAGCUGGAGAAGAAGGUCCCUACGAACAGGGAGGCGUCGCUAUGAGCCACAAAAAAAUAUCAAACGAGGAAGCAGCGAGACGAACGAGAACAAACCUGAAGGAUGUUCAUUGCUUGUACCCAGAAGACCUUGUGCCCUUCAGUAGGAAGCCUCUUGUGGUAAUAGUAGACAGCUCAAACAGUCAUGCUUUCAGGUAUUUUCCAAGUUUAUUUGGACAACCGCUGGUCUGUUUGAUGUCACCAAUUACUGUUCCUACUACAAUGCAAGAACAAAGUCGGAAGGGGAGUCUCUUCACUCUGUUCCUCUUCAAUCCGCUGGUUGCCUUCUGCUAUGUGAGCAGCAUUGCCGAUCUUCGCAGUGACUUGUGGGAUAGCUGUCAGCGGCAAGUUCGACGAAUAAUGAACGACAUCCUUCGAGUAUUUUACGAUUGGUCUCGAUAUGUCGAUGUUGUGUUUAUUCAAUUCCUUGACGACGAAUUUCUUCGGCUGAUGAUUCUCCGUUAUAUUUUCUGUUUCUACACAAUGCAUCUUCAUCGAGCAUUUAAGGGUUCAGACUUCUACCCAAAAAGUUUUCCAAGAUUACCUGCAAAGGAAAUUCUUCUCAACGGCAGCAUAGAGAAACAAGUUCUUGAGCUGGCCUCCAUGUUGGAUGUACGGAGUCUUUUCUACGAGAUUGGAGAAGGUCCUCCCACGGAUUAAACGUUUUCCAUCUACUAGCGUCUCUUACGAUGAUUCCACGCUGGCGUGACAUUGAGGUAGGCGUGACAGGCAGGAGCGACAACAUUUGUGAACAGACUGUGUGAUACGAGCAUUCAGGCUGUGAACUUCUGUUCAAAGGAUAAUGGAUUUUUGAUUACUCGAGGAAAGGAGUUACUUGAAUGAUUAAACACACCGAUCACUGGCAGAUGAACCACAUACGUGUUAAAACUGUUCAAAAGAUUGAACACGAUUAGUCUUUGCUGAUAUGAAUACUGGAUAUCAAACAGAAGAUCUACUGGAGACUGAAGAAUCAGCUACUUUUGGUCUCCCGUACUGCAAAGAUGUUUGUAUCGGUGUUAAAGACAUUCUCAUCACCAGUGGAAAAAAAAUAUAGAUGUACAUAAAAAUCCAUUAGUCUGUAUAACGCUUGCACUUGUGGAUAAAGUUUUAUUUUUGUA